CAUCCGGGUCCUGCCUGAUGCAUGCUGGGAAGUUGUAUUUCCCGGGCCUUGUUCGAAACUUUUAUUUUAGAGGACAGAAACGCUGUGUGGCUGCUUCUGGUGGUUUUCAGGGAAUCAUCAUUAAGAGCCACGAUGGUGAAACAAAGGCAGAGUACUGUCAAGACCUACUCAAGGAAAAUCCCAGUAACAAGGAUUGAAGACCACAGGGAGAGUCCAGUGUUCCCACAACUGUGUAGGAGCAACCCUUUCAGUGAUGAGGAGGAUCAGCUGAUACCAUCAGGCAAGAAGAAACAACUUGUAGCAGAGCCACAGUCCCACAGCUGUCAGCAUAAAUGUUCUGUGGAAACCUUACAAACUCCGUCAAAGGACAGACUCUGUGGAGACCAAGAAGGCCCUAAGCAACAUGAAAGGUCCUCCUCCCACGACUCAGACACAAAAUCCAUCUGUGGACCACUGCCUGUCAUCAAAGGAAAGAGGAUAACUCAUGCCUCUUGGAAACUGGCUGGACUUCUCGGUAAGAAGAAGUGGCCAUUGUUUUUCCAGAAAACCAGAACUGGAACUCCAGUUGCAGCUGGGAAACAUCAGCAGUGGAUAAAGAGGCCCAAAAGUGAAGAAAGAAAUCAAGAGGACCCAGAGAACAUGUCCUUAGGAGAUGACAGUGUUUUUGUGAGGGAAGGAGAACACCUUGAGGAGGAGGAUAGCUCUGAGGACAUAUCAUCUGAAGAAAGUGAUACCAGCGAGAGUGAAAGUGAAAGUGAGAGUGACAGCCAGUCUGAUACAGAGGUGCUGAGAGAGACUGAAUCAGAUGCAAUCACAGCAGAGUUGCAGCAGUUCAAGAUAAAGAGUCAGUUGUCUCCAGACUGGCCAGGGAAGCAGAAGUCGGCAGAUCUCUCUAAAACUGCACCUACAGAGGUUCAAGGUCAGAAGCUAACAUUGUACCACAGGUCCCUUCCAAAGGAGGUAUAUGUCAGCAACAAGUUUCACCUAGUGGAGACGCAACAGUCAGGAAAGCCAUUUCCAAAAGUUUACCAGGGAAGGAAAAAUAGACAGAAAUCGGUAGCAGAAACAAGUAGACCAUUCACCUCAUACGAAGAUGACAGUCUUGAAGAGCUGGAGACUUCCUCCCAAUCUUCCUUUGACUCAGACAGCUCAAGUCUGAGGUCCAUUCUCAAGACAAGAUCCAAGACAGCAAAGACAGACUGCUCUGUUAAGGAUUCCAGUGAUUCAGGAGAAAGGAAGCAGGUAUCGUUCUCCCCGGAGGUCCAGGUUUCCCAGAUCAUCAAGAACACCACUCACCCCAGCCAUCGGUCUCCACUGGCCAUCAAGUCAUGCACAACCACCGACAGUGUCAGACCAUCGCUGGUUUGUCAAAAGAUGAUGCUUCAGAAAGCCCAAAGGAAAGCUGGAGUAAAUAAGACCUCGAAAAUAACCCAGCCUAGACAGUCUGACCCAGGGGAAGAUGGUGGGAAGGAAGGGAGGCAGAGUCAACAGGAGAGCAGGGCAACACAAUCCUUCAACAGCACACUCUUAGUAAGCCAGAAUCCUGGGGACAGCAGCAGUGAUGAGGAGACAGACUGGGAGAUACUGAGGGAAGCUACAAGUACACAAGCUGAAAGUCAACCUGUGGCAGCAGGUGUACCAGUUAUAAAAAGACAUGAAGGUUACCUGCAGUUGAAUUCAACUUUGGUAGACAAUGCUCUGGCCUGCAGUAUCCUGAAGCUGGCCUCACCUGGAGUGUCACCCAUAGCAGAUGUUGCCCACACCACCAAGGCCAUUGUUCCUGAGGUCUCACCCCAGUAUGUCCAGACCCAGCCCAGGAUUCAGACAGAGGGGACCAAACAGAAACACUCUGUGGAGAAAAGUGGAUUGCUGAAGCCAAACAAGACUGGAGAAGAGAAUCUAAAGGAGACAUUUCCAGAUGAAGAUCAGGAUGUCAGGAAGAGAAAGUCAGAGGCCCAUCCCCCUUCACAGUCAGGCCUGAGGUCUCAUCUCAGUGGCUCAACACAGGGCAGUGGCAGCAAAAGAGUUCGCUUUUCUGCAGAUCUCAGCGUCUCCACAAAUAACUCAAGAAACACAAAUGCCUCCUUGCUUGUCAAGUCUGUCAGAUCAAGCAGUGAGACACAAAAGUCCACGUCCAACACUAGAAAGAAGGUUCCAGCAACCCCUCACCAUUCCACAUCGAGAGUUCGGCAACGUGUCAGCACAGCAAAGAGUAGCCGCCGUGGCAGAAAUGUAACUCUACAGACCAGUAAGGAUCUGUCAACAAUAAAUCCACCAACCUAUGAUGAAAGUGACUUAGUCAUCAACACCUCCCUUCCUGGAGCAACUGUCAACUCUCAGGAGAUAGCUCCAGACUCUCUGUCAUUUGAGCAACAGAAUAAAACCAGUGGAAGUGUCAAGAAAGGCAGGCACAAAGGCAGGAAGUCUGCUACCAAAGCUUGCAGUGCAAGGAAAACCACCACCCCUAAAGCACAAGCUUCUGCCAAGCGUCUCCGCCAUCAGUUUGUGCCAGAAGCCUUCCCUCAGUGCUGUGUUGAACAACAGGAGUUUUACAGUGACCAGACGGCCGCGGUGCUUAUGGCAGUGAGAGGGGACUCUUCGGAUGAAAUGGAUGCAGAGGAAGAGUUUCUUAAAGACCUGCCCUACACAACCAAAACGGGGACUGUUUUGAUGAAGACACACCAGAUACAACCUUGGUGACGUUAAAACUGACAGACAAGAUCCCAAAUAAUCAUCUGACUUCUUUUCGUCAGUGAAGAUCACUCUUUGAGGAGAUGUUGUAAAUGUUGCUCCUCAAUGUACUAAGAUAUCAUUGAUAUUCCUAGAGAAUUAUAUACCAAGGUAUCCUAUUAGAGGCCUGUACUUAUUUUCCUUUAAGGUAACACUAAGCUACCUUGUAUCGAAACUGUCUUUGAUGAGUAUAGAAAAGUAUGCAGUAUAUAGAAAUGUUGUGCUGUUUAUGUAUUCUAAUAUAUUUAUUUAAAAAAUAUUAAAAAGGAUGUGUUAGUAAGUACAAUGUAGUUAUGUCCAAAGUUCCCUAUGUUUGCAAGAUAUCAAGCCAUUAACAGUGGUGCAAAUCUAUAGAAAAUACUAAAAAAUACUGAAGGAGCUUGAGUUUAAAGUCAGUCCAACUAAAGUUCAUAUGUAUAGCUACUGUUGAAAGAGUUACAAUAUUGCCAAUACUUACAGUGAUCUAUACUGAUAGAACUGUUACUCAAUUGUUCAACGUGUAUCGACAUUCUGUCUGUUUAAAGAAUUUAUUCAAACAAACUUUCAAAGUGUACUAAGUUAGUAUAUAUUUAUGUGCAUUAUAAAUCGAGUUAAGAAUUGGUCAAAUUGUGACACAAACUAAGAAAGUAUAAUUGACAUAUGUAUCAUGUGUCGGCCAUUCUUGACCAGAUCUAUGAUGUGACUUCAAAUAAACCUUAAAAAUCUG